CGCUGGAGGAAUAGAAAGACAAAUGUGGAAGAGAGGCAUGGUCGCCGCCGUCGGUGCACUCCGGCGGCCAUUUACGUCGGGAGUUCGCGACGCCACCAUCAUCUCCUCCGCCAUGAACUCCAUGCUUUUCCACUCCCUUAAGGAUAACUAUAUGGAAGUGGCCAAAAUGGACAUGCCUCAUAAAGUGAGUCCUCCGUCGCUAAUAACGAUCGACGAAGCUGCUUCGAUCGCUAUCGAUAAUCGUGUUCCAGCUACCGUCAUAACUGGUUUUCUUGGCUCUGGAAAGACUACUCUCCUUAAUCAUAUUCUGACAUCCCAACAUGGCAAGCGAAUAGCUGUCAUUGAAAAUGAGUUUGGUGAGGUUGAUAUUGAUGGAUCAUUGGUUGCUAGUCAUUCUUCUGUGAGUGAAGAUAUUAUCAUGGUUAACAAUGGCUGCCUCUGCUGCACUGUGCGAGGAGAUCUAGUUAAAAUGCUGUUGGAGCUUGUUAGGAAAAAACGAGACAAUUUUGAUCAUAUUGUUAUUGAAACCACAGGUCUUGCAAAGCCAGCUCCUGUCAUUGAAACAUUUUGCAGUGAUGAGCUGGUUUCACAGUAUGUGAAACUGGAUGGAGUUGUGACUCUGGUUGACUGCAAGCAUGCCAUGAAACAUUUAAAUGAAGUGAAACCAAGAUUUGUGGUUAAUGAGGCAGUAGAGCAAGUUGCAUAUGCUGACCGUAUUAUUUUGAACAAGAUAGAUUUGGUUACUGAAUCUGAGUUAAAUAUAUUGACUAAGAAAAUUAAGCACAUCAAUGGAAUGGCACAAAUUAAGCAAGCAAAAUUUGGAUCUGUUGACAUAGACUUUGUUCUGGGUGUGGGAGGAUAUGAUCUUGAGAGGAUUGAAUCGGAGGUACAUGGAGAAUGUCCCUCUUCUACAAGCCAUCAGGAUGAUUCUGGACAUGAACACAAAGGACAUCAUCAUCACGACCAUGUGCAUGAUUCUGCUGUCUCUAGUUUCAGUAUUGUUGCAGAGGGAACUCUUGAUCUUGAUGAGGUUGACGAUUGGCUUGAAAGAGUGAUAGAGGAAAAAGGAGAGGACCUUUACAGAAUGAAGGGUGUCUUGUCAGUGGAUGGUUCUGAUCAAAGAUAUGUGUUUCAGGGGGUGCAUUCCACGUUGGAUGGAAGUCCAGGAAAAACAUGGGAACCUAACGAGAAGAGGAUAAACAAACUUGUCUUCAUUGGAAGGAAUUUGGACGAAACUGCCCUUAGAAAAGGCUUCAAAGGGUGUCUAGUAUAGAAUUAAAAACCCGUUCCCAGCCUAGUUCCGAAGCGAUUGUGGUACCAUCCGAAAAUGUGGCUCGUGCUUGAUUGGAUUGACAGACCCCACUUGUUAUGUGGUAUGAAUAUUAUCAUAUGCAUUGAUCGUGUGGGUCAAAAUAGAGU